UUUCUUAUUUUUCAAACUAGUCAUCCAAAUGUGUGUAUGUUGAGAUCACAACUCCUUCCAUAAAUUUGAAUUCUGAAUGGAUCAAAAGGACACCAAAGCAGUAGUUCUGAUAACAGGGUGUUCAAAGGGUGGAAUUGGGCAUGCUUUGGCACAAGCUUUCGCCGCCGAGAAUUGCAUGGUGGUGGCCACAGCUCGGUCACGAUCCGCCAUGUCCGACUUAGAAAAUGACCCCAGGUUUCACCUGCAAGAACUGGACGUUCAGUCUGAGCAGAAAGUAAGGCGCGUGGUUUCUGAGGUUGUUGAGAAGUUUGGGCAGAUUGAUGUUGUGGUCAACAAUGCGGGAGUGCACUGUAUUGGGCCUGUAGGUGAGAUCCCUUUAUCUGCCAUUCAAAACACUUACGAUACCAACGUCUUGGGUCCGUUGAGGUUAGUUCAAGCUGUGGUUCCUCACAUGGCGUCCAGGAGGAAAGGAAAGAUUGUAAACGUUGGAAGUAUUGUUGCCUUUGCCCCUGCACCGUUUGCAGCUGGUUACAGUUCUUCAAAAGCUGCUCUCCACGCCCUAACUGAUGCCUUGAGACUGGAACUCCGGCCAUUUGGGAUCGAUGUCAUAAAUGUUGUCCCCGGACUUGUGAAGUCCAACAUAGGAAACUCCGCUAUUGCCAGCUGCAACAACAAUGGGGUGUCGCAAUGGAAGUUGUACCAGCAAUUUGAAGAAGCAAUCCAAGCGAGAGCACGCUUCUCGCAAAGUACAGCAAGGUCAACCCCUACAGAAGAGUUUGCAAAGAGGACGGUGAAUGUAGUGCUGAAGAAGAAGCCGCCGCCAUGGUUCUCUGCUGGUCAUCUCUCUAUGGCUGCAUCUCUUCUCCAUCACCUCCCACUGUUUGUUAAGGAUUUUAUCGCCAGGAAAGGAAUGGAGGGUUGAUUAUAUUGCACUCCAAUAUAAUGAAAUGAACUACUAUUCCCUCGAACUUUAUUUCGAUCUACUUCUUAUUUUGGUGUGCAUUUUAUAUUGGAAUAAAUUUUG